AUGGCUCCUCCAGUGUGGACUCUGAUGUUGCUGGUGGGGGCUGCCUGGGGCCAGGACCAAGUGCCUGCCCCUGUGUGCUCUACAUUUUCUUCCCAAAUAAUUGUGCCGCCUGCCUCCAUUCUCUCCGAGUGUGACUUUGAAGACAAUUCCAGACCUCUCUGUGACUGGUCUCAAAUGUCUGCAGAUGAUGGGGACUGGGUUCGAACUACUGGGCCCUUCCCAACUGGCACUUCUGGUCCCCCUGGAGGGUACCCCAGUGGAAAGGGCUACUAUCUGCGCAUGGAUUCCAGAGCUUUCCCUCGGGGUGGAGUGGUGCGCCUGCGUAGCCCUGACAUAUGGGAGCAAGGCCCACUCUGCGUCCAUUUCGCCUUCCACAUGUUUGGGCUGUCAUGGGGCGCCCAGCUCAGAUUGCUGUUGCUCAGGGGCCGGAAGCACCACCGGCCCUAUGUGCUCUGGAAACACGUCAACACCCAGAGUCCCUCUUGGGUGCCCACCACUGUCACUAUACCGGCAGAUCGAGAUAUACCAAGCUCGCUGAUGUUUGAGGGCAUGCGGGGAAACACCGCCUACCUGGACAUCUCUCUGGAUGGCCUCUCUAUCCGGCGGGGUACCUGCAAUCGGGUCUGCAUGACCCAGAUGUGCAACUUUGAUACACUGAAUAAUCUCUGUGGCUGGAGCUGGGUCCCAACUGCCACCGGGGCUAAGUGGACCCAGAAGAAGGGAUCAUCAGGGGUACCGGGUGUGGGGCCUGAUGAUGACUUCUCCAGGCCUGGUAGUGGCUACUACAUGCUCCUAGACUCUACGGAUGGAAGGCCAGGACAGAAGGCUGUACUUCUGAGUCCCCUGAGCCACUCCAGCGGCUGUCUGACCCUGUCUUUCCACUACAUAAUGCGCGGCAAGUCUCCUGGAGAAGGCAUGUUUGUCUACGCUACUUUCUUGGGCAACAUCCGGAAACACACCCUCUUCUCAGGACACCAUGGACACAACUGGCAGGCUGUGUCUGUCAACUACACAGGACAGGGACAGAUACAGUUCCUGGUAGUGGGUGUGUUUGGAGAGCAGCCUGAGCCAGCAAUAGCUGUGGAUGCCAUCAGCAUUUCUCCCUGUGGGGAGAGCCUUCCCCAGUGCAGCUUCGAAGACAAAGUUCGUCCUUUCUGUGACUGGAGCCACGUGUAUGGAGACAUGGGACACUGGAGCUGGGGGAGUAAAAGUGUACCUACCCCCAUCUCAGGGCCGCCAAGAGAGUUCCCAUACGGAGGGGAACAUUACAUUUACUUCGAUUCAGUCAAGUUAUCCCAGGAAGGGCAGUCUGCCAGACUGGUGAGUCCACCCUUCUGUGCCCCUGGGGACAUCUGCGUGGAGUUCGCUUAUCACAUGUUUGGCCUCGGACAAGGUACCAUGCUCAAGCUCCUUCUGGGGAGUCCUGCAGGCAGUGCCCCCGUUUCUCUGUGGAACCGUGUUGGGUCUCAGAGCUCUGGCUGGUUGAACAGCUCUGUCACCAUCCCUAAGGGACAUCAGCAACCCAUGCAGUUGUUUCUUGAAGCCAUCCGGGGUACCAGCACUGCCUUUGUCGUCGCUGUGAAUUUCAUCUUGAUCUCUCACAGACAGUGUCGGGUACUGCCGCAGGCAGAGGCUUCUUCAAGUCCUCUGGCUCCACCUACUGGCCCAUCUGAAACUACUGUCUCUAUGCUUCCCAUAGAACAGCCUGCCACCCCCACUGAAGAGACCACUGUCCCCACAGAAGUGACCACUGUCCCCACAGAAGUGACCACUGUCCCCACAGAAACAAUCACUGUCCCCACAGAAGUAACCACUGUCCCCACAGAAACAACCACCAUCCCCACAGAAGAGACCACUGUCCCCACAGAAACAACCACUAUCCCCACAGAAGUGACCACUGUCCCCACAGAAACAAUCACUGUCCCUACAGAAGAGGCCACUGUCCCCACAGAAGGGAUCACUGUUACCAUAGAAACAAAUACUAUCCCCACAGAAGAGACUACUGUCCCCCCAGAAGGGAUCACUGUUACCAUAGAAACAACCAUUGUCCCCACAGAAGAGAUCACUGUCCCCACAGAAGUGACCACUGUUACCAUAGAAACAACCACUGUCCCACCAGAAGUGACCACUGUCCCCACAGAAACAACCACUGCCCCUACAGAAGAGACCACUGUCCCUUCUGAGGAGACCACCACCCCUACAGAAGUGACCACUGUCCCUCCUGAAGAGACCACUAUCCUCACAGAAGUGACCACUGUUCGUGCUGAAGAGACCACUGUCCCCACAGAAGAGACCACUGUCCCCACUGAAGAGACCACUGUCCCCACUGAAGAGACCACUGUCCCCACUGAAGAGACCACUGUCCCCACAGAAGUGACCACUGCCUUCAUACAAGUGACCACUGUCCCCACAGAAGUAACCAAUAUCCACAUAGAAAUAACCACUCUCUCUCCUGAAGAGACCAGCAUCUCUCCUGAGGAAACCACUUCCCCUAUGGAAGUGAGCACUGUCCCUCCUGCCAGUGUUGCUCCUGAGGAGACCACUACCCCUACAGAAGUAACCACUGUCUCUCCCAAAGAGACCAGAAUCCCUCCUGAGGAGACCACUAACCCUCCUGAGGAGACCACUGCCUCCACUGAAGAGACCACUGCCUCCACUGAAGAGACCACUGAGACCACUGCCUCCACCGAAGAGACCACUGAGACCACUGCCUCCACCGAAGAGACCACUGCCUCCAGUGAAGAGACGACUGAGACCACUGCCUCCACUGAAGAGACCACUGAGACCACUGCUUCCACUGAAGAAACCACUGUCAUUACAGAACAAUCUACUGACCUCACUCAAAUGUCCGCAGCAUGCAAACCACCCUGUCCAAGCCCUCCAUUCUUUCCCAUUGAACCAAGCCCUUCACAGGUUCUAGAGAGCUGCCCUCUCAAUGCCCACCAUGAACCGUGUGGGUGCCCUGCAUCCUGUGAGAACCCCAAGCCCAGCUGCAAGUCCCCCUGCCAUCCUGGCUGUGUCUGCAAUCCUGGGUUCCUGUUUAGUAACAAUCAAUGUGUCAACGCAUCUUCCUGUGAUUGCCUCUACAGCAACAAGUACUAUAAACCUGGAGAAGAGUGGUUCACUCCCAAUUGCAUGGAACGGUGCCGCUGCCUGCCUGGUAGCCUCAUGGAGUGCCAGAUCUCUCAGUGUGGCACGCACACUGUCUGCCGACUGAGGAACGAACAGUACAAAUGUGAACCCUAUGGUACUGCCACCUGCAUGGCCUAUGGGGACCUUCAUUUUGUCACCUUUGAUGAGAGGCACGUUAGCUUCAUGGGGACAUGUACCUAUAUCUUGACCCAGACCUGCGACAACUCCACAGAUUUAUUCUUUAGGAUAACAGCAAAGAUCCAAGAACGGGGCGUAGAAGGCGUAUCCUGCCUGGACAAAGUCUUCGUCACUCUGCCAGAGAUUACCGUUACCCUGAUGAGGGGCAGACACACACUGAUUGAAGAUCAGGAAGUCACCCUCCCAGUGAUACCUGCUAAUGGCAUCUACGUGGGUCUCAGUGGUCGAUUUGUGGAGCUGAGGACAACAUUUGGUUUGCGUGUGAGAUGGGACGGUGACCAGCAGCUUUUUGUGACUGUGUCCAGUGCCUACUCGGGCAAACUCUGUGGCGUCUGUGGGAACUACGACGGGGAUGGCAGCAACGACAACCUGAAGCCAGAUAACACGAUGGCACAAGAUGAGGAGGAGCUGGGGAAGAGCUGGCAGAUGGAAGAUGAGGAGAGCAAGGAUCCCGCUGACUGCUUUGGUUGGGUCUCUUCCAGGUACCAGAAGACGAUGAGUCCUCCCCCAUCUUGUGACCCUGCCUUGAGGAGCACUUUGUCGGGACCCAAGUUUUGUGGCCAGCUUGUUGACCCAAAAGGACCCUUUGAGUCAUGCCUGCUACACCUGCAGGCCUCCUCCUUCUUGGAUAACUGUGUGUCUGACAUGUGUAGCUUCCAGGGGCUCCAGCAGAAGCUUUGUGCUCACAUGUCAGCCAUGACGGCCACCUGCCAGGAUGCCGGCUAUGCCGUGAAGUCCUGGAGGGGACCCCAGUUCUGCUCCUUGGCUUGCCCUCAAAAUAGCAAGUACUCCCUGUGUGCCAAACCAUGCCCGGACACGUGCCAUCCCGGAUCUGCUUCCCAGCCCUGCACAGACCAGUGUGUGGAAUCCUGCGAGUGUGACCCUGGCUUCAUCCUCAGUGGUUCCGAGUGUGUCCCCCGAUCCCAGUGUGGGUGCACCAGCCUCGAGGGGCGCUACUUCAAGAUACAGGAGCAGUGGUUUAAUCCCGACUGCAAAGAGAUCUGCACUUGCGAAGACAACAACAGUAUCCGUUGCCAGCCCUGGAAAUGCAAGGCUCAGGAGGUCUGUAGCCACCAGAAUGGCGUGUUAGGCUGCCAUGCCCAAGGUGCAGCCACCUGCAUUGCCUCAGGUGACCCCCACUAUCUGACAUUCGAUGGAGCUCUGCACCAUUUUAUGGGUACCUGCACUUAUGUGCUGACCCAGCCUUGCUGGUCCAAUUCUCAAGACAACAACUUUGUUGUGAGUGCCACCAACGAGAUCCAGGGUGGCAACUUGGAAGUCUCCUAUGUCAAAGCUGUACACGUGCAGGUCUUUGAUCUCAAAAUCUCCCUGCUCAAAGGUCGUAAGGUCGUGCUGAACAACCAAAGGGUGGCGCUACCUGUGUGGCCUUCAAAAGGACGGGUGACCAUUAGGUUAAGUGGCAUCUUUGUCCUGCUCUACACGAACUUUGGGCUUCAAGUUCGAUAUGAUGGCAACCAGCUGGUGGAGGUGACAGUGCCUUCCUCAUACACAGGCUCACUCUGUGGGCUGUGUGGAAACUACAACAAUGACAGUUUGGAUGACAAUCUGCGUCCGGACAGGAAGCCUACAGGCAACUCGCUUCUGCUGGGUGCUGCUUGGAAAAUCCUUGAAGCCUCUGAGCCUGGCUGCUUCCUAGAGGGGGCCAAGUCCUCCAGCUGCAAAGAGAACAGCAUGGAUGACGCCUGGACUAAAAAGUGUGCCAUCUUAAUGAACCCUGUCGGGCCUUUCUCCGGUUGCCAUGAGGCAGUGCCUCCGCAGGCCAGCUUCUCCAGUUGUGUGUAUAGCCAGUGUGGGACCAAGGGGGACAACCUGGCCCUCUGCCGCUCCCUACAGGCCUAUGCAUCUCUGUGUGCCCAAGCCGGCCAGGUGACUACCUGGCGCAACAGCACCUUCUGCCCUCUGAGGUGCCCGCCCAGGAGCAGCUACAACCCAUGUGCCGACCCCUGCCCAGCCACCUGCCUCACCCUAAGCACCCCAAGAGACUGCCCAACACUGCCCUGCUUCGAGGGCUGUGAAUGCCAGAGAGGCCACAUCCUGAGUGGAACCACCUGUGUGCCCCUCAGACACUGUGGCUGUAGUGACCAGGAAGGCUCCUAUCACAUGUUGGGGGAGAGCUGGUACACGGAGAAGACCUGCACCACCAUCUGCACCUGCUCAGUCCACGGCAACAUCGCCUGCAACCAAACGGCCUGUGAGGCCAACCACGUGUGCUUGCGCCAGGAUGGGCGGCUGCGCUGUGCCGCAGAGAUUGGAGAGUGUCACAUCUCAGAGGAUUCCCAGAUCGUGAGCUUCGAUGGCUAUAGCCAUCCUAUCCAAGACAUGUGUACUUACAUCAUGGUCAAAGUGUGCCACCCCAACAUGAACCUGCCUUUCUUCACGAUCAGUGCCAAGACUGAGCAGAACACCAGAAGCAAAAGCAAGACCUUCGGCGUCUAUCAGCUAUACAUUGAGAUCUUCAGCUUCCAUGUCACUCUGCAGAAAGACCAUUCAGUCCUGGUACGUUGGAUCAAUGACACGCUGGUCACCCUUCCUGCCACCACCCAGAUCCCGGGAGUCAGCAUCACGACUGAAGACGUCUAUACCAUUGUCACAAUUAAGGAUGAAGUUCAAGUCAAAUUUGAGAGCAAUAAUUUCUUAGAUAUCAAAAUCCCUGCAUCUUCAAAUGGAAAGGUCUGCGGUGUGUGUGGCAACUUCAACGGCGAAGAAGAGGAUGAGCUCAUGAUGCCCAGUGACGAGCUAGCUGAGGAUGAGCAGGAGUUCAUGAAUAGCUGGGAAGAUAAGAGCAUCUACCCAACUUGCCAGAGAAUGGAGGAACAGAACAUCCAAGUGAAACCGCAGGAGAUCAUGAAUGGAAAAUGCAGGCCCAGUGACUUUGAGAAAGCACAGGCAAACUGCCAAAGGGCCCUGCUGAGUCCUGUCUGGGCCCAGUGUGCCUCCCAGGUUCCCCUCAAGCCCUUCCUGCUCGGAUGCAUGAACAGCUUCUGUGAGUUCAGAGAGCUCUUCCGUGCUCUCUGUGAGUCCCUGCAGUCCUUCGGAGACGCCUGCCUUAACCAGGGGCUUGCACCACCUAUCUGGAGGAACAGCAGCUUCUGCCCUCUGGAAUGCCCAGAUCACAGUUACUACACAAACUGCCUUCCCUCCUGUCCACCUUCCUGCUUGGACCCAGACAGCCUCUGUGAGGGCUCUAGCCACAAAGUCCCCACCACCUGCAAGGAGGGCUGCACCUGUCAUCCCGGCUACGUGCUGAAUAACGACAAGUGUGUGCUCAAAACUCACUGUGGCUGCAAAGACGCCCAAGGCGUCUUCGUCCCGGAAGGCAAGAGCUGGAUCUCUAGUAGCUGUACCCAGAACUGCAUCUGCAUUGGCGGGACCAUCGAGUGCCAGAAUUUCCACUGUCCCUCAGGGGCUCAGUGCCAGGACAAUGAGGACGGCAGCAGUAACUGUGUCAAAAUCACUCUGCAGUGCCCGGCCCACAGCCGCUACAGCAACUGCCUUCCCCCAUGCCUUCCUUCCUGCUCCAACUUGGAUGGCGGCUGCAAGGGCACAAGCCCCAAAGUCCCCUCUGCUUGUCAAGAAGGCUGCCUCUGCCACGACGGCUUUGUGCUUGACAAGGACAAGUGUGUACCCAGAAUUCACUGUGGCUGCAAAGACACCCAGGGUGCCUUCAUCCCAGCAGGCAAGACUUGGAUGUCCACAGGCUGUACCCAGAGCUGUACCUGCAUGAGAGGGACCAUCAGGUGCCAGGCUUUCCAGUGUCCCUCGGGGACCUACUGCAGGGACAACAGUGAUGGCAGCAGUAACUGUGUCAAACUCAUUCUAGAGUGCCCAGCCCACAGCCAGUUCACAGACUGCCUUCCCCACUGUCAACCCUCCUGCUCGGACCCCGAUGCCCGCUGUGAGGGCAUCAGCACCAGAGCCCCCUCCAGCUGCAAGGAGGGCUGUGUCUGUCGCCCUGGCUACGUGCUGCAUAAGGACAAGUGUGUGCUCAGAAUGGAGUGUGGCUGCCAAGACGCCCAUGGUGUCUUCAUCCCUGUGAGUUGGUGUCAUCAUCACCCCUCCUUCCUCACUUUCUUCCUUUUCCCGUGGCUUCUUCAGGCAGGCAAGAGCUGGACCUCCAGGGGCUGUUCCCUGAGCUGUAACUGCAUGGAAGGAGUCAUUCAAUGCCAGAAAUUCCAGUGUCCCUCGGGGACUUACUGCCAGGACAUCGAGGAUGGCACCAGUAACUGUGCUAAAAUCACUCUGCAGUGCCCGGCCCACAGCCGCCACACCAACUGCCUUCCAUCCUGUCAACCUUCCUGCUCAGACCCAGAAGGCCACUGUGGGGGCUCCAGCACCAAAGCCCCCUCCACCUGUAAGGAGGGCUGCGUCUGCCGACCUGGCUUUGUGCUGCAUAAGGACAAGUGUGUGCUCAGAAUUCUCUGUGGCUGCAAAGACGCCCAGGGUGUUCUCAUCCCGGCAGACAAGACCUGGGUCAACAGAGGCUGCACGCAGACCUGCACCUGCAUGGCAGGGACCAUCCACUGCAGGAGUUUCCAGUGCCCCUCAGGGACUUACUGCAAGGACAUAGAGGAUGGCAACAGUAACUGCACCAAAAUCACUCUGCAGUGCCCGGCCCACAGCCGCUUCACCAACUGCCUUCCCUCCUGUCUGCCUUCUUGCUCCAACCUGAAUGGCCACUGUGAGGCCAGCAGCACCAAAGUCCCCUCCAGCUGCAAGGAGGGCUGCCUCUGUCAGCCAGGCUUCGUGUUUCAUGAGGACAAAUGUGUGCCCAGAGUUCAGUGCGGCUGCAAAGACAUCCAGGGUACCUUCAUCCCGGCAGGCAAGACCUGGAUCUCCAGAGGCUGCACCCAGAGCUGCACCUGUGUGGGAGGGGCUGUCCAGUGCCAGAAUUUCCAGUGUCCCCAGGGGACCUACUGCCGUGACAGCAAUGACAGCAGUAGUAACUGCACCGAAAUCACUCUGCAGUGCCCAGCACACAGCCUCUACACCAGCUGCCUUCCCUCCUGCCUGCCUUCCUGCUCUGACCCAGAGGGCCUCUGUAUGGGCACCAGCCGUAAUGCCCCCUUCACCUGCAAGGAGGGUUGUGUCUGCCAAUCUGGCUAUGUGCUGAAUAGCGACAAGUGUAUGCUCAGAACUCAGUGUGGAUGCAAAGAUGCCCAGGGUGUUCUCAUCCCGCCAGAUAAGACCUGGAUCAACAGGGGCUGUACCCAGAGCUGCACCUGCGUGGCAGGAGCCAUCCAGUGCAGGAGUUUCCAGUGCCCCUCGAGGACUUACUGCAAGGACACUGAGGAUGGCAACAGUAACUGCACCAAAAUCACGAUGCACUGUCCAGCCCACAGCCGCCACACCAACUGCCUUCCCUCAUGUCGACCCUCAUGCUCUGACCCAGAAGGUCUCUGUGGGGGCACCAGCCCGAGACCCCCCUCCACCUGUAAGGAGGGCUGCGUCUGCCGACCUGGCUUUGUGCUGCAUAACAACAAGUGUGUGCUCAGAAUUCUCUGUAGCUGCAAAGAUGCCCAGGGUGCUCUCAUCCCGGCAGACAAGACCUGGCUCUCCAGAGGCUGUACUCAGAGCUGCACCUGUGUGGCAGGGACCAUCCACUGCAAGAAUUUCCAGUGUCCCUCUGGGACUUACUGCAAGGACAUGAAGGAUGGCAACAGUAACUGUACCAAAACCACUCUGCAGUGCCCCAGCCACAGCCAAUUCACAGACUGCCUUCCCUCCUGUCCUCCUUCCUGCUCCAACCGCUGCGAGGUCACCAGCCCCAAAGUCCCCUCCAUGUGCAAGGUGGGAUGUCUCUGCGACCAUGGCUUUGUGUUCAGUGAAGACAAGUGUGUGCCUCGAAGUCAGUGUGCCUGCCAAGAUGCCCGGGGCGGCCUCAUUCCCGCAGGCAAGACUUGGACCUCCAGAGGCUGCAUGCAGAAUUGUGCCUGCAUGGAAGGUAACAUCCAGUGCCAGAAUUUCCAGUGUCCCUUGGGGACCUACUGCAAGGACAACAGUGAUGACAGCAGCACUUGCACCAAAACAACUCUGCAGUGCCCUGCCCACAGCCACUACACUGGCUGCCUUCCCUCCUGUCAACCUUCCUGCUUGGACCCAGAAGGCCUUUGUAAGGGAACCAGUCCCGAAGUCCCCACCACCUGCAAGGAAGGCUGCGUCUGCCAACCUGGCUACUUGCUGAGCAACGACAAGUGUGUUCUCAGAACUGAAUGUGGCUGCAAAGAUUCCCAGGGUAUUCUUAUCCCGGCAGGCAAGACAUGGACCUCCAUAGGCUGUACCCAGAACUGUGCCUGCAUGGGAGGGGCCAUUCAGUGCCAGAACUUCCAGUGCCCGUCGGGGACCUACUGCAAGAACAACAAUGAUGGCAGCAACAGCUGUGCCAAAAUAAUUCUGCAGUGCCCCACCCACAGCCUGUUCGCCAGCUGCCUUCCCUCCUGCCUGCCUUCCUGCUUGGACCCAGAUGGCCUCUGUAAGGGAACCAGUCACAAAGUCCCCUCCACUUGCAAGGAGGGCUGCAUCUGUCAACCUGGCUUUGUGCUGCAUAAUGACAAGUGUAUACUCAGAACUCUCUGUGGCUGCAAAGACGCCCAGGAUACUCUCAUUCCGGAAGGCAAGACCUGGGUCUCCAGAGAUUGUACCCAGAGCUGUGCCUGUACAGGAGGGACCAUUCAGUGCUUGAACUUCCAGUGUCCCCAGGGAACUUACUGCAAGAACAGCGAUGAUGGCAUCAGCGUCUGUGCUGAGACCACUCUGCAGUGUCCAGCCAACAGCCACUACACGGACUGCUUUCCCUCCUGCCCACCUUCCUGCUUGGACCCAGAGGGCCACUGUGGAGGCACUGGCUCCAAAGUCCCCUCCACCUGCAAGGAAGGCUGCCUCUGUCACCAAGGCUUUGUGCUUGAUAAGGGAAAGUGUGUGCCCAGAAUUCAGUGUGGCUGCAAAGGCACCCAGGGUGCUCUUAUCCCAGCAGGCAAGACCUGGGCUCCCAGAGGCUGCACCCAGAGCUGCACCUGUGUGGGAGGGGCUGUUCAGUGCCAGAAUUUCCAGUGUCCCUCAGGGACCUACUGCAAGGACAACAAUGAUGGCAGCAGUCACUGUGCCAAAACCACUCUGCAGUGCCCGGCCCACAGCCACUUCACCAGCUGCCUUCCCUCCUGCCCGCCUUCUUGUUUCGACCUGGAUGGGCACUGUGAGAAGACCAACCCCAAAGUCCCCUCCACCUGCAAGAUGGGCUGUGUCUGUCAACCUGGCUACUUCCUGAAUAACGACAAGUGUGUGCUCCAGGUUCACUGUGACUGCAAAGAUGCUCAGGGUGGCCUCAUCCCGGCAGGCAAGACCUGGACCUCCAGGGGCUGUACCCAGAGCUGUACCUGCAUGGGAGGGACUGUCCAAUGUCAGAAUUUCCAGUGUCCCUCAGGGACUUACUGCAGGGACAGUGUUGAUGGCAACAGUAACUGCGCCAAAAUCAGUAAGGGAGCUGUGGGGGGAAGAGGGGAAGGUGUGCUCAUGGCUGGAAGAUUCAGAUCUCUGCAGUGCCCAGCCCACAGCCACUUCACCGCCUGCCUGCCCUCCUGUCCGCCCUCCUGUUCCAUUCUGGAUGGCCAUUGUGAGAAACCCAGCUCCAAAGUCCCCUCCAGCUGCAAGGAGGGCUGCAUCUGUGAACCUGGCUACGUGCUGAGUAACGACAAGUGUGUGCUCCGAAUUCAGUGUGGCUGCAAAGACGCCCAGGGUGGCCUCAUUCCCGCAGGCAAGACCUGGCUCUCCAGAGGCUGCACCGAGAGCUGUAACUGCAUGGGAGGGAACAUCCAGUGCAGGAGUUUCCAGUGUCCCUCGGGGACCUACUGCAGGGACAGCAGUGACGGCAGCAGUAACUGUGUCAAAAUCACUCUGCAAUGUCCUGCCCACAGCCGCUACACAAACUGCCUUCCCGCAUGUCCACCUUCCUGUGACGAUCUGGAUGGCCACUGUCAGGGCACCAUCUCCAAAAUCCCCCCGACCUGCAAGGAGGGCUGCCUCUGUCAACCUGGCUAUGUGCUGAAUCAUGACAAGUGUGUGCUCCAGAUUCACUGUGGCUGCAAAGACGCCCAGGGUGGCCUCAUCCCGGCAGGCAAGACCUGGAUCUCCAGCAGCUGCACCCAGAGCUGCACCUGUGUGGGAGGGGCUGUCCAGUGUCACAACUUCAACUGCCCCCCAGGGACUCGGUGCCAGACUGGCCAGGAUGGCAACAGAAACUGCACCAAAAUCACUGUACGGUGCCCAGCCCACAGCCGCUACACCAACUGCCUUCCCUCCUGUCUACCAUCCUGCUCUGACCCAGAAGGUCUCUGUGGGGGCACCAGCCCGAGACCCCCCUCCACCUGUAAGGAGGGCUGCGUCUGCCGACCUGGCUUUGUGCUGCAUAAGAACAAGUGUCUGCUCAGAAUUCUCUGUAGCUGCAAAGAUGCCCAGGGUGCUCUCAUCCCGGUGAACAAGACCUGGAUCUCCAGAGGCUGCACCCAAAACUGUACCUGCGUGGCAGGAGACAUUCAUUGCCGGGAUUUCCAGUGUCCCUCAGGGACUCAGUGCAAGGACAUUAAUGAUGGCAAUAGUAACUGUGUCAAAACUGCUCUGCAAUGCCCAGCCCACAGCCACCACACCAACUGCCUUCCCUCCUGCAUCCCGUCCUGCUCCAACUCGAAUGACCACUGUGAAGCCACUGGCCUCAAAGGCCCCUCUACCUGCAAAGAAGGCUGCCUCUGUGAGUCUGGCUUUGUGUUCCAUAAGGACAAGUGUGUACCCAGAAUUCAGUGUGGCUGCAAAGACUCCCAGGGUGCCCUCAUUCCGGCAGGCAAGACCUGGAUUACCUCAGGCUGUUCCCAGACAUGUGCCUGCAUGGGAGGACUUGUUCAGUGCCACGACUUCAAGUGUCCCUCGGGGACUGAUUGCCAGGACAUCGAAGAUGGCAGCAGUAACUGUGCUGAAAUCACUCUGCAGUGCCCGGCUCACAGCCACUACACCAGCUGCCUUCCCUCAUGUCUGCCUUCUUGCUUGGACCCAGAUGGCCUCUGCAAGGGCACCAGCCCCAAAGCCUCCUCCACUUGCAAGAAGGGCUGUGCCUGUCAAUCUGGCUAUGUGCUGAGUAAUGACACGUGUGUUCCAAAAACUCAGUGCAGCUGCAAAGAUGCCCAGGGUAACCUCAUCUCGGAAGGCAAGACGUGGGUCUCCAGUGGAUGUACCCAGAGUUGUGCCUGCACGGGAGGGACUGUUCAGUGCCAGGAGUUCAAAUGCCCAACAGGCUCCCAUUGCCAGCACAAUCAAGAUGGUGGCAGCAGCUGUGCCACCAAUGCUCUGAAAUGCCCGGCUCACAGCUUCUACACCAACUGCCUUCCCUCCUGCCUGCCUUCCUGCUCGGACCCAGAGGGCCUGUGUGGGACCACCAGCCCUAAAGCCCCCUCCACCUGUAAGGAGGGCUGCGUCUGUCGAUCUGGCUAUGUGCUACAAGGUGACAAGUGUGUGCUCAGAAUCCACUGUGCCUGCAAAGAAGCCCAUGGUAGCCUCAUUCAGACCGGCCAGACGUGGAUCUCCACUGGCUGUACCCAGAUUUGUGCAUGCAAGGGAGGGCUCUUUCAGUGCCAGAGUUUCCAGUGCCCCUCGGGGACCUACUGCGAAGAAAAUGAAGACGGCAGCAAUAACUGUGUCUCAAGAACUUUGAAGUGCCCAGCCAAUAGCAUGUACACCAGCUGUCUGCCCUCCUGUCUACCCUCCUGCUCCAACCCGGAUGGCCACUGUGAGGGCACCAGCCCCAGAGUCCCCUCCACCUGCAAGGAGGGCUGUGUCUGUUGGCCUGGCUACCUGCUCAGUCAGGAUAAGUGUGUGCUCAAAGACCAAUGUGGCUGCAAAGAUGCAAAGGGUGACCUCAUCCUGGCAGGCAAGACCUGGAUCUCCAGUGGCUGCACGCAGAGCUGCACCUGUACAAAUAGGCUUGUUCAGUGCCGGAAUUUCACCUGCCCAUCAGGGUCCCACUGCCAGCACAGUGAGGACGGCAGCAGUAACUGUGCAGUCAACGAGUUGGAAAAAUGUACCAUCUUUGGAGACCCCUAUUACCGCACAUUCGAUGGCUUCACCUACCACUUCCUGGGUCGUAUGAACUACUAUCUCAUAAAGACGGUGGACAAGCUCCCAGAGGGAGUUGAGCAGCUAGUCACAGAGGGACGCAACAAAAUAACCUCCAAAGGGAACCCAACCUUGCGUGAAGUGACCACCGUUGUCUACGGCUAUAAAAUCCAGCUCCAAGAAGGCCUUGUGGUUUUGGUCAACAACCAAAAGGUAGCAAUCCCCUACAAUCCAAACAACCACUUGCGGAUCAUCUUGAGGGCUCAACGGCUGCUUCUCAUCACUGACUUUGAAAUGGUGGUGGACUUUGACGGAAAGCACAGUGCAGUGAUCUCCUUGCCUACCACAUACCGUGGACUGAUACGGGGCCUGUGUGGAAACUAUGACAAGAACCAAGCCAAUGAUCUCAUGUUGCCCAGUGGAGUGCUCACCUCAAACGUCAAUGACUUUGGCAACAGUUGGGAGGUGAAAGUGGCAAAUGUCCUCUUCCGAGUCCCAAGGGCCCUACCUGAAGAAAAAGAAAAAGAAGAAGAAGAGGAAGAGGAAGAGCCUGACCUUCUGCCAUCAGAAUGUAGCCCGGAGCAGACGGCACUCAUCAGCAGCACCCAGGCCUGUAGGGUGCUGGUAGACCCCAAGGGCCCCUUUGCUGCCUGUCACCAGAUUGUAUCCCCAGAGCCCUUUGAGCAGCAUUGUAUAUCUGACACGUGUACUGGUUGGAAGACCAAAGAAGAAGAGGAACUCCGAUGCCGGGUCCUCAGUGGAUACGCCAUCAUUUGCCAGGAGGCAGGUGCCAACGUGACUGGUUGGCGGGACCAGACACACUGUGCCAUGACAUGUCCUGCCAACACUGUGUACCAGCGUUGCAUGACGCCCUGCCCGGCAUCCUGUGCCAACUUUGUGACCCCCAAGAUCUGUGAAGGCCCCUGCGUAGAAGGCUGUGCCAGCCUCCCAGGCUACAUCUAUAGUGACACUCAGAGCCUCCCAGUGGCGCACUGCGGCUGCACCACCAAUGGCAUCUACUACAAGCUGGGUGACAGCUUUGUCACUGACGACUGCUCCCAGCACUGCACCUGUGCAAGCCAAGGAAUCCUGCUGUGUGAACCCUAUGGCUGCAGAGCUGGAGAGUCCUGCAUGGUGGCCAACUUUACUCGAGGCUGCUUCCGCGACAGCCCAUGUCUCCAGAACCCCUGUCACAACGAUGGCCGGUGUCAGGAGCAGGGGGCCACCUUCAUCUGCCAUUGUGACCUUGGUUAUGGAGGAAAAUUCUGCUCAGAGCCUCGAGAUAUUCCAACCGAAAAAAGGCUAGAAACAUCCAUCCUGGUGACCGUCCUGCCAGGAGUGCUUGUGAUGCUGUUAGUCCCCAUUUUACUGCCCAGAGUGUACAUCUACAUGACAACAAGGGCUACCGUGGCAAGGAGGAGAGGGGAGAAACUGUUGAGGCGAAAUAGACAGAGGCUGGACGCCACAGAUGUUCCAGAGCCUGCCUUCAGAGCCACCCAGUUCUGA